ACUUGGCCAGCGCUGUUUUGGAGCUCGCCCUUUCCGUUCUGUCUCCGCCUGCCAACAACACUGGCUUUUCUCAAGUGGCGCCCCAAGUUUGUCUUGGGGUGGAGGCUGGUAGUGAGACAGCACACAUAGGAGGUAUCCCAGUCUUCCUUCGAGAGGUCCCCGAUUGGAGGAGUCAUAGGUGCAGGGGAAAAGCCACGAUUAAACCCUAAACUUAGCAAUCAUUUAACUGGGCAGAGAGUAACUGUUAACCAGGGAUGAGGGAGUAACCCGAGACCCCAGCCAAGAGCUCUGCCCUGAGUAAACUGAAUAGGUCCGGGACAAGUGCCCAUCAGCCUCGCCAUGUACUCCAGAGCUUACAUCUUGCUGCAAAGAGAUUGGCUGGAAUUUCAACACAACCCAAUGGAGGGGAUUACUGCUAUUCCCAUAAAUGAUGACAUGAUGAGUUGGAAAGCUGAGCUCAAAGGACUUCAGAAUUCAAUUUGGGAAGGAUUUGUCUUCGACCUGACAAUAGAUUUUACAGAAGAAUACAACUUUGUUCCUCCAGUUGUGAAAUUUGUAACAAUUCCUUUUCAUCCAAAUGUAGACCCAUCUACCGGCCAGCCCAGCAUAGACUUUUUGGAAAACCAUGAGAUGUGGGACACAAAUUAUACACUAAGCAGCAUCUUGCUUGCUCUACAGGUGUUGCUUUCUAACCCUAUCCUGGAUGCUCCAGUGAAUUUGGAAGCAGCCCGACUGUUGACGAGAGAUGAGACUGUGUAUCAAGAAGUAACUCAGAAAUUAAUACAGCCAAAAUCACCACUACCUGAGGAGGAAAGCUCUGAAGAGCCACGGAAGCACCCCAGAAUUAAAAAAAUCGCAUUUAGUGAUUACUACAAGAAAUGGUGUGAGGUAGCCACAUCAAAAGCCGCAGAAUACUCCAAAAAUCCAUUUGUUGGAGAUCCAAAUUUCAUGGCACAGUAUCAAAACUGGACGAACGAGGGACUACAGUAUCGUCAGCGAUGGGGAUCAAAGUAUUGGCUCAAUAAGUGCCGGGUUGAUGAUAGAAAAAGCAAAAUGCCUCAGCAAAGUGGCUAUCCCUUGGUCAAAAAGAUGUCUGCCGCCUCGUCUUCAACUCAUCUUUCUGUUUCUAGAACGGAGAGUCAGUCAGAUAGUUUUGAGUGGAAAGCUGAAGAGGACUCAGCUGCAUCAUGGGAAAACGAAGUGGACAAACUGAUCAACUGGACUGAUGGUCUUAAUGUAAAUUCCUUGGACUAUGAAGAGUAACACGCAAGGAUUUUAUACAGCGCCCAGCAAUAGUGCUGCCUCACUGGAGCAAUUUUGGAAUAUGCUCAGAACCUGACUUCUGCUCUGUAUCCUAGCUGGUCUCAUUUUUUUUUUUCUGUAAGCACAAAAUAUAAGUGUUAGUCAGUGAAAUUUGUUGCUCUGGGCUUUUCAAAUUCUCUUUCUGUUUGGAAGUAAGUUAGUCAAAAUUAGAGUGCUUCCUGCAGUGGUCUGUCAGUGUGGCUACACAUAUUCCCACAAUCCAUAGGGUACUGGAACCAAGCUCUCAGCAGCAACAGGUGGAUCAGGAAAAAAAUGCCAAAGAAGGAAAGGAAGGACAGGCAUUUCAGAGAGUGGACAUAACCCGGGCAGAGGGACCUGUGACUUUGCCUCUACCCGCCUCGGUUCUUGUAUCUUCUGUAAUCAAGGAGGAGACCCCAGACCCACACGUCACUCACCAUCCACUCACUGCUAACCAUCUACUCUGUUCCCGACAGCUUUAUUGCUUCAGCUUGUACAUACACCGUGGCUCUUCUAUGACAAGAUGCAUCCAGCCAUAGCCUGCAGCCCUCCUUCCCUCGGCAAACUCUCUGAGUCAGACUUAUCAAUGGCAGCUGUCACUGCAUUCUCUGUUCCUUUAGUCCACGUCGCAUUUGUACGUGCCACACAGUAGGACCUAUCCUCUGCUUAUGCUCCGUAAACUUACGAUUACCAAAGAUUUCCAUGCUGUGUGAACACGACAAUGCUCACUGGGCCUCUCGGCCAUACCUUUUUUUUUAAAAAAAAAAAAAAAAGAUUGUUUUUUAUCUUUAUGUACAUAUAUGUUAGUGUGUGGGUAUGUGCAUGUGUGUGCAGUCCCCAAGAUGGCCAAAAGAGAGAUCUGGAUCUCCUAGAUCUAGAAUUAGAAGUUGCCUUAUGUGGGAGCUGGGAACUGUGUUCAUGUCCGUUGGAAGGGCAGCAUGUACUCUUAACCACUGAACAUCCAACUGGACUAUACCUUUCAAAACAACGUUUUGUCGUGUCCUCACAGAGACUUAUUUGGGGCCUGUCUACCAAUACAUUUCCACACAUGCAUGUAAGUCCAACUUGGAUCUGGCUAUUGGGCAAUCUCCUGCAUGUCUGCGGAAUAUAAAACCAUUCUGCGUCAUGGCUUCCAGUCCUGUGGUUCUUCUCUGGUUAGCUAAAUGCCCCUGUUAUUUAGAAGCGAUAUAAGAGAACAGAAAAUUCCCUAGUCCUCUGACUCUUAGGAUCUCUCACUCUUUUCUGUGAUGUCCACUGAGCCUGAGAUGCGGGGUUACAGAUGUGUAGACACGUCUGUAUGGGCCGGACACCGUACAACCAAUUCUUCUCUCUAUUUUGAACGCUGAUGGCUUUCUGUAGUGGUGUUAGCCAACUGCAAAGAGAUGUUUAGUUUUGUUUUUGUUUUUGUUUUGAUGAGGGGUGAAAGCCACAGUCCUCUUUGAGAGUAAAGAUAAUUGUUUAUUAUGCAGCUAGGAAUGACAACGAUUUUUUAGAAAAGUGGCAAUAGUAUAUUCUUCCCCAAGCCCUAUGGUAUCGCUAGUCAGAGGUCUACAUUUCCGGACCAGGCAUGAUUUCCCUCCUGUUAAGAGCCCUACGUCCAGCUAGACAACUGCUGGUGACUGCCACAAAGUGGCACUGUUGCACUUUAAGGACAUCUUGCUGCUCUGGCCGUUGAUGUGCUUCAUAAGCAUCACACAAAAGGGGAAACGGGACUGCUUUCCUCCCUUGGCAGCUCGCAUACCACCUUCCAGGGCUACGAAAGAUAUUCCUCAGAAGGGGGGCUGUAGGGUCUAUAUCUAACCAAUGAAACUUCAUUGACAGCAUUUCUCACCUCCCUGAAUGCCCUUCUUGAGUCAGAGCUUACCCACCUUCUCCACCACAGCUCCCCACCUUUGCAUCUUGGUCUCCUUGGACUGCUAUACGAAAUGCCAGAAGCUUGGUAGCUUAGCAACAAUGGAAAUUUAUUCAUCUCAGCUUUAGGGACCAGUGAGUGCUGUGUUACUACGCAGCAUCAGUGGUUUAUCCACUCAGCUACAGAUGGACUGGCGAGUCAUUUCCAGUUUGACUGCAUCCCUACAAAAGCUCCACUGGCAAAUUCCUCUCAUGAGCAGUGACUCCUCCUCUAAUCUCUUCCCUGAGUGGAGACUGAGCCCGUGCCUGUGCCUUGCUGAUAGCUGACAGAGUAUGGACUGUUGUGGGAUUUCACUCCUGUCGCUAUGUUAGGUUACAGAAGGUUCCAUUUUAGCCAAUGGUGGGGGUCUCCUGAAGGCUUUGAAGAAGAGAGUUGUGAUGGUGGGAAAAGGCCACAAGGCAAGGAACUGCCAACUGCUUCUAGGAGCUGAGAGGAGGGCAGAGCUGAUGGUCAGCAACGUGCUGAGAGACCUCAGUUCUACCACCUCAAGAAAUACUGUGAACAGCAGUGUAAACUGAAAAGGGCUUACGCUCUAGAAAGGAACGCAAACUGACCAAAACCCCUGCCUUGGCUCUGUGAAAGCCUAAGCCCCUCACACCGGGCCAUUUCCAGAAUUCUUGGAAACUAGAAUAUAAUAACAAACUCUGGUUUGUGCUGUCAUAUUUAUUGCAGAUUGUCAUCCAGUGAAGGAAAAGUAGCGAAACCUUUGCAAACCUUUGAAAUCUUUGCAUAGACCUAUGUUUUACUGCAUUGUGGAUAAAUAGAAUUGAAGCAGUUAUUGAGAGAAGGCUUGUGUUGGAGUUUGUGGGAAACUGACAAACUAUCUCUCAGUCAUCUUACAGUAAAACAUUUCUAGUGUCUCUUCAUUCUGAUCAUCUCUUGAUAUAUGGUCUUCUAAGCGUCAGAAUCUCCUUUUCCCUGAAGACUGGCCUGCUGCCCAUCUUUGUUUGAUUACUUGAGGUGCUUUGUCUUCAAACGACCUGCUCUGAUUACUUUCCUAUAAUAUUUUGAGUGUUCUAGGUCAUAGCUAGCAUGGUCAUUGUGAGACCACAACCUGCAGACAUGCAAUUUUCAAACUGGUGGACAAACUAUCUUUUUCUUUCCAUCAUUUUACUAAUGUCUUUUCAAAAGCAAUUUUUCAAAACUUGAUAAAGCACAGUUAUUUUUUUCUCUUAUAUAUUAUGUUCUUGGUGUGUUUGUGAUAGCUACUUACUUAAUCCAGUCAACAAAACUUUCCUUUGUUUCUUAAAGAAAUUUUAUAAUUGUGGGUUUUAUAUUCCAUCUACAGGCAUUAAAAGAUAACUUCAGUAUAUGAUCACAAAGGAAGUGAUCAAAUUUUAUGCAUUCCCUUUUCUUCCUUCUUCUCUUCCUCCCUCCCUUUCUCCCUCUUCCUUUUUUUCUUUCCUCCCUUCCUUCUUCCCUUCCUCUCUCCUCCUUUCCUUCCUUCUUUCUUUCCUCCUUUCCUUCCUCUCUCCUUUCCUCCCUCCCUUCCUUCCUCCUUUUCUUCCUUUCUUCCUUCCUCUUGAUGAUGAGCAUCUACAUGUACCAGCAACACUUCCUCUAUUUCCAAUGAGCUUCCUUAGACCUUUGUUGGCAGAUGGUUAUCUUUUGUAUGUGUGCUCUAUUCUCAGUCUCCCUGAAUUGUCCCACCAUCUGUCUAUUUUUGUACCAAGAGCAUGUCGCCUUGAUUAUCAUUCUACUAUGGAACUUAGAAUAAGGUUAGCCUUCAGUUUUGUUCUUUUUCAAAUGUAUUCUGGCUAUUCUAGGUCCUUUAUGUUUCCAAAAAGAUUGGCAUCGGCCCAUCAUUGACUAAAUAAAAAUUAUCUUAGGGUUUGGAUUUAGAAUGCAUUAACUCUAUAGGUCAGUCAGUGAAAGGUUGACACCUGAACUUAAGUAUUGAUUUGUCCCACUUUGAAUCCUCCAUUUCUGUCCUUAUGAUCAAAUAUCUCUUAACAACACUUAGUAAUUUUCUAUUCUUCACAUGUAUCUCUUUCGUCAGAUAUUUCUUCUGAAUGUUUUUUUGGUUUUGUUUUAAAUAGUGGAGGUUUUUUGUUUUGUUUUGCUUCUAGUUUGCAAUUUUCUUUUGCUGGUAUAUAGAUACAACUUCUUUUAAAAGUAUAAGUUUUAAAGCAGUAUUUUAAAUGAAAAUAUAGCAAUUGUUUUUCCAAAUUUUCAUAAUGAUUUUAUAUGUAAAAGUCUUGUUUUGAAAUUAUUCUUCUCUUUUUUCCAGCUCAUUUUAUAUUAAUAUGUAAUCCAUAUUAAUAAUCCAAUCAACGUCUUACUAAAGUUCUAAUCUGAACUACUGUCACUUCAUUUUGUCACUUCUUUGCUCAUAUUGAAAGGCUUUGGGUUUGGAGUUCAAGGGGGGGCACACUAAGCUGGAUUGUUUGGGGGGGAUGAAGAGCUUAUUAGGAGAGUCAUUCAUGCCGUGGAUGUACAGACAACAGCAUGGCAGGAGCUUUGGGAGUCCCUGCAAGCUCUGUUGCCAGCAGAGAAAAGAUCUGUGAGAGGCAAGAAGGAAAUCUGGUUCAGCGUGGCUUUAGCUGGGCUGCUUCAAACUUCUAGUGUCUGACCUGGAGUGGAAUAUUGUUGACAAAUUUAAGAACAGUACAACUUUGGAAAAGGGUUUCCUCUUACCAGUUUUCACAAUAAAGCCUUGAAAAGCA